GUUACGGGGUCGUUACCGUCGAUGGGGGUUCGCAGUCGUUAGUAACUCUCUCAGAUCAACGAUAACGGGGGGAUGAUGACGACAACCACUGCGCCACGAUGGCAUUGUAAUCAGUCCGCAGCCACGCGCCGAGUCAUUUGUGACGGUCAUCCGUCAUCAAAGGUCGUCUUGCCCACGAAGAAAACGCCGUGAAUACGUACGCAAUUCUGUACAUGUCGUCCGAUCGUCCCCAAAGACAACAAUUCGGAGUAUCGGUCAUCCUGAUGAAGGAUCGUCGUGCACGCAACGCCUUACAACUCACAAUUGUCGUUUGAUUGGCUUUUUUCCCUCGAGAAAACCGGUAAAGUCGAUUCGAUCAGACAAACGAUUAUCAUGUCAACUAACAAUAAGACUGCAGUACGAAAGACGGGAUCUAGCAAUUUCGAAUACCAUGGCGAUUCGAAAUUCCCACCGGGUGUGUACACAAUUCAACCUCCGUCGAUAUGCAACCACAUGCUCGAUGACGAAGCGAUUUACUUAAGAAGUAAUGCGUAUGAAGGAAAGGUUAGAAAAAUAAGGGAUAAAAGCGAUACGAGAAAGUAUCUGAUUCCUUCGAAGAUGCCUACGGUCUAUCCAAAGAUCAUGACAAAGAAAGAAUAUGAGGACCUGAAGGAACGCAGUCGCAUGAUUACAAAGGAAGAAAGAUUAGCAAUCGCGGAAGCUGCAGAGAAAGAGAAGGAGAAAUUGGCGAAGAAAAGCAUUGAGCGCAAAGAAAUGAUUCGCAGGAUAGAUAUGAAGAAAAGUCGUGAAAAAGAUUUGAGAACGAGGGAAGUCGAGGAGGAAGCGAGAAGACGAACGAUGCACGUCCUCGAACGUGCGCACAACAUGCGUAUGGAGCAAGAGGAAGAAAUACAAAAAUGCAAUCGACUUAUCCUGGAAACCAAGUGCCGUGCUAUUCGCGAUGCCCAAAUUGCAGAAAGAAAAUUGAUAGAACGAGAGCUUCGCGAGGAAGAGAAACGGCUGAACAAUAUGAUGGAAAAUGAGAGGAGAUGGGCGAUCAAGGAAGAAUUGCGGAAAGAGCAGGAAGAAACAGCCAAAAGGCUACAAUUUGCAAAGUUUCUGAAGGAACAAAUUCUAGAAAACGAGGAGCAACGAAUUCUCGAGUUUGAGAGGAAGCAAGAGGAAAGUCGGCUUAUCACUUUAAAUAAUAUCGCGUUUCAACAAGAGGAGAUUGAGAAGCUGCGUAACAAAGAAGCCGAGAACAUUAAAGUGCGACAAGAACUUGCGGAGGGAAACAAACAAUUGAAAUAUUUUAAGGCCAUGGAACAAGAGGAAAAUAAAAUUAUAGAUUUAAGGAUACAAAAUUAUCAUCGACUGAAAGAGAAACAAGAAGCUGAAAAGGCGAAAGAACAAAGAUCGGAAAAAUUAAGAAAAGAACAAGAGAAAACCAGAGUGGCGAUACAAACAAUGCAAACACAUGAACUUCAGGCACAAAUUGAUGAAAUCAAUGCAGCUCGAAUUCAGGAAGAAGUAGAACGGGAAUGGAGACAAAAGGAGAAGGAAGAAGCGUUGAAAAGAUUAGAAGCUCAAAGAAUUCUUCAAAAAGAGAGGGAAGAACAAAUAAAUAAUAAGCGAGUAAUGCGAACUAUUGAGAUUGAACGUGAUAGGCGGGAAUUCGAGAAAAUCAUACGUGUUCAACGAGCAGCUUUUUGUAGAGAAAAGAAAGAACUUGAGCAGAAACAACAACAAAUUUUAAUCCAUCGCAAUGAAAUAUUAAAGCAGGUAAAUGAGAAGGAACGAGAACGUAUCGCUGAGCGACAAAAGAUGUUUAUAGAAGGUCUAACAAUCCGCGCAGAAACAGCGAUGCAUAAAAAGAAAUUACAAGAUGUAAUGGAACGAAAGUGCCAAGAAAUGAAAGAGAACAAAGUACCAGAUAUUUACAUUAAUGAAGUAAAACGAAUGAUCGAAAAUAUUUAGAAAUUAUGAAUUAUUCCAUCAGAUUUUGAAAAGUAAAUAUUACUUUUACCCAUUUUUCAAGAAAAUAAAUAUGCAGCAUAUCACUAUGUAUUUGAUAUGUAUGUAUGGAUGCCUACACAAAACUAUGUACAUGAUUACAUAAGAAAAAAUAUAGAUUACAUUAAAAUAAAAAAAUCCUUA